AUGGGUUCCGUUGGAGAUCUCGAACUUGCGCUUUCUAGAAUCACAGAGGCAGCCAAGGUUGCUGAUGAAAACACGCGCAAGAAUCUCAUUAAUCAACUUCGAAAGACGGCUGUGUCCCUUGAGACUUCUGGCGAAACUAUUCAGCGUCUUAUCUACCUCGCAAUUCAACCCGCACUUUGCCGUGCUGGUAAUGAUCUCGAUCUCUUCAAGAUUUUAGCCGAUAACGACGGUCCCAUGACUACGACAGAAUUAGCAGAGAAAACCAAAUGUGACCCUUUACUUUUAAGUCGAAUUUUGAGGUUCUUGGCAUCAACAGAUAUCGUAACAGAGGUCGGAGAAGAGACCUUUAUCGCAGACAAUAUCACAAAAGCACUUGCCAAACCUGGCCUUAAAGCUGGAAUGAACCACACAUCUCCCAUUGUUCGAAUGGUUCCAGCAAAAUCCAGAGAAACUCGGCUUCUUCAUGGAGUGAUGACUGCUCAGAGAGAAGGAAUGGAUGUCUGGUUAGACUUGUUCCCUUUCGAGGAAUAUGUCAAGGACCUCGACCCAGCCCAAGUCAUGUUUGUUGACGUCGGUGGUGGAAUUGGUCAUAAAUGCUUAGAACUCAAGACUAGAUUCCCUGCCCUCAAGGGCGAGGUUAUUCUUGAGGAUCUUCCAAUAACUUUGAAGCAUGCUUUAUCCAUCGAUGGGGUAAAAGCUUUACCACAAGAUUUCUUCACACCCCAACAAAUUAAGAAUGCCAGAUUCUACUACAUGCGCAACAUCUUGCAUGACUGGCCAGAUGACAAGUGCAAGAUCAUUUUGGACCAUCUCCGUGAGGCAAUGGGCCCAAAUUCUGCGAUCUUGAUUGAUGAAAUAGUUCUUCCCAACAGUGGCACCAAUUUCCAGGCCAUGAACAUUGAUUUCACUAUGAUGGCAGCUUUGUCGGCAAUGGAGCGUACUCAAAGUCAAUGGGAGAAGGUCCUUAGACUCAGCUGGUCUCAAGGUAUUGAAGACCUAUACUUAUACCGAGUCUUUAAGAGAUAGUGUCCAAGUUGUCGUGGCCAAAUAAAUGAUUUGGAUAAUUUAUGGAUGAACAAUCAACCUUUGUAUAAU